AACAAAGACAAAGACAUAAUGCCAACAAUCGUCUUCUUAGCUCUAGACCACGAUUCGCGAUGAGCAAAAAAGCGAAAUGUAACAUGAGUCACACUAGGCUUGAUGGAAGCAUCACAUCAGAGGAGACAGUAGAAUCGGUAGAACCAUCUGGCAGUCAACAUCAAGAAUCCCAAAGAGAAGGAACAGGAAUAAACCCACAGAUGAAAGAGUAUGUAGACGCUAUGAUCCAGGCAACAGCAGCAUCAAUAACACAAUCAAU